AUGAAUCACAAUUCAAUUUUUAAUUUAUUUAUUUCUCAAUUUGAUUGUAAAACCAAUCAAUGCGUUUGUAUUAAAAGGCAAUAUGAAAAAACAAUGGAACUUCCAUUAUGACAAUAAAUUAAUUAGCAUGACAUUGAUAUGAAUAAACAUAAGAAAUGACCAAUAUAAAUUAAACAGAUAUUUUACAGGUGAAUUGGGUUACUUAAAAAGGUACAGUAAUCAAGGAUUAAAGCUUGAUUCUUUUCAUGGUUUCCAUCUGUCAAAUCUUCUCGAAGAUCAAUGAACAAAUCAAAUUAAAUUUAUUCUUACCUAAUUGUUUCAAUUUCCUUGUUCUAAUUGCAUAGAAUUCCUUAGUUAAUUCGAUGAAAUGAUUGCGUCUUAAUUGAUGGGAUCAACGACAUGAGUUGAUUCAAAGCAACAUAACAAUAAAACUUGACUUGAAAUCAACUGUUGGUUGAUAAUCGACUAACAAAAGGAUCGACUGAACGAGUUUAAAUAGAUGAACAUUGAGAUUGGUCCAGACGAAAUGAAAUGUCAGGCAAAUUUUGCUCUAUUUUGCUUUCUUGGUUUUGAAUCUAAACCAAGCUAUGAUCCUUCAAAUCUGAUGGCCUGAAGGGUCCAUUUGAAAUUGACAAACUGACACUUUAAGGUGAGAUUAGUUCUAAUCAGUUUCGUUCCAUCCUCCAUGUUCAAACUUACCUAUCAUUGUGAAUUUGAAUUUGAAUCCUUUAGUUUAAAUUUGACAUUUCUUCAUUCCUUCAUUUUACUCUGUGCUAGUUUUAAUACACAUUGAAUAUUCCUUGUUUUCUUUUCUUUUCUUUUCUUUACCUCGCUUAUAAUGUCUAAGUCAGCAAUUGCUAUUGUUUUGUUUUUAAUUUUAGUUGCCUAUUCGGAAUCAAUGUUUAUUAAGCAUUUAUUCAAGUCAUAUGAUGAAUAUACGAAAAACGAAGAAUUAGAUUUCACGUCUAUGGUCUUGAUGUUUGUAAAUCAAACUAAACCAUGGCUUCCAGGAUGUGUUAUCAGCUUGGUCAAGGAACAUCCAGAAGUAUUGGUUAUGGAUAAGAAUACAGAAGACUUUGUGUAUGUGGAUCCCCAAUUUAUUGAGAUUAUGGCUGAUAUGGUGCUACGUAAAAACAGAACAAAAUUGGAACAACUUUUCUGUUGAAUUCGAUAUAUAAAUACAUAUUGUAGUUGUACAAUCCAUGCCAAAUAAACGCCAAAAUUUAUUCACA